ACAGGUCUCCAUGCUCAGAGGCAGCAGAUGUCCAACAGCAGCUCCAUCACCCAGUUCCUCCUCCUGGCAUUCACAGACACAGAGCAGCUGCAGCUCCUACACUUCUGGCUCUUCAUGGCCAUCUACCUGGCUGCCCUGCUAGGCAAUGGUCUCAUCAUCACCACCAUAGCCUGUGACCACCACCUCCACACCCCCAUGUACUUCUUCCUCCUCAACCUCUCCCUCCUUGACAUGGGUGCCAUCUCCACCACUGUCCCCAAAUCACUUGCUAAUUCUCUGUGGCAUAUCAGGACGAUCUCCUACAAAGGAUGUUCUGCACAGCUCUUUUCCUUUCUCUUCUUCAUUGUAGGGGAGUAUUUUCUUCUCACCAUCAUGUCCUAUGAUCGCUACAUUGCCAUCUGCAGACCCCUGCACUAUGAGACCCUCCUGGGCAGCAGAGUUUGUGUCCACAUGGCAGCAGCUGCCUGGGCCUGUGGCUUUCUCUAUGCUCUGCUGAACACAGCCAAUACAUUUUCACUACCCCUCUGCCAGGGCAAUGCUCUGGAGCAGUUCUUCUGUGAAAUCCCCCAGAUCCUCAAGCUCUCCUGCUCCAGCUCCUACCUCAGGGAAGUUUGGCUAAUUGUGCUCAGUGUCUUUGUAAUUUUUAGUUGUUUUGUGUUCAUUGUGGUGUCCUAUGUGCAGAUCUUCAGGGCUGUGCUGAGGAUCCCCUCUCAACAGGGACGCCACAAAGCCUUUGCCACCUGCCUCCCUCAUCUGGCUGUGGUCUCCUUGUUUGUCAGCACUUCAUUUUUUGCCCAUCUUAAGCCCCUCUCCAUCUCCUCCCCAUCCCUGGAUCUGGUGGUGGCAGUUCUGUAUUCAGUGGUGCCUCCAGCACUGAACCCUCUCAUCUAUAGCCUGAGGAACCAGGAGCUCAAGGCUGCCCUGAGCAAACUGAUCACUGGAUGCCUUCAGAAGCAAUAA